UACACAUUCUCUUCUUCUUCUUCUUCUUCUUCUUCUUCUUCUUUUUUUUAAUUAGUUUUUCCCUCUUCACAACGCCGCCGAUCGUCGGUUUGACCGCCGUCGCCGGCGACGAUAAGUAAUGGGAGAAAGAAACAGAUUUUCUUUUUCAAUUCUUUUAUACAUAUUUUCACUAGAGUUGUUGUAGAGAGCUUUACUCUACAACACAACACAACACAGCAAUCUCUGAUUACCAUGACGACUACCGUAUCAGAGACACAGAGUGGAGACCUUCCAAUGACGACGGUCGACGACGAGUGCCCGAUCAAGCAGGUCGAUAUUACGGUACCGAAAACCGAUGACCCCAACUUGCCAGUUCUCACAUUCAGAAUGUGGAUUUUGGGGAUUGCGGCUUGUGUCAUACUCUCGUUUGUGAACCAGUUCUUUUGGUACAGAACGAACCCGCUGUCGGUAUCUUCGAUUGCGGCGCAAAUCGCUGUUGUGCCUCUUGGUCAUUUGAUGGCCAAGACGCUUCCAACUCAACCAUUUUUCAAAGACACACGGUUUGAGUUUACUAUGAAUCCUGGACCCUUCAAUAUAAAGGAACAUGUACUGAUUACCAUUUUUGCCAAUUCUGGUGCUGGCUCUGUUUAUGCUACACAUAUUUUGACCGCUGUUAAGCUUCUUUACAAGAGACAACUCCAUUUCUUUCCUGCUUUGCUCGUUAUGCUCACUACUCAGGUUCUUGGAUUCGGCUGGGCUGGAAUUUUUAGGAAAUAUUUGGUUGAGCCAGGGGAGAUGUGGUGGCCAUCUACUUUGGUUCAAGUCUCAUUGUUUAGAGCUCUGCAUGAGAAGGAAAAGAGACCAAAACAAAGCACAACACUUAUACAAUUCUUCCUCUUGGCCCUGAUUUGCAGCUUCGCUUACUAUGUUUUUCCUGGCUAUCUUUUCAUGAUGCUUACCUCUUUCUCUUGGCUAUGUUGGUUUAAUUCCAAGUCUCUUUUGCUUCAUCAAAUGGGAUCUGGUAUGAAAGGCCUUGGAAUUGGCGCAUUUGGUAUAGAUUGGUCCACAAUUUCAUCUUACCUUGGAAGUCCCUUGGCUAGUCCUUGGUUUGCCACUGUCAACAUUGCAGUGGGGUUUGUUCUUGUGAUGUAUGUCAUGACACCUCUCUGUUAUUGGUUAAAUGUCUAUGAGGCCAAAAAGUUUCCUAUAUAUUCAAGCAGCCUUUUCAUGGCAAAUGGUCACAAGUACAAUAUUUCAAGCAUAGUCAAUUCAGAUUUCCAUCUUGAUCGAGGUGUUUAUAGCACAACUGGACGUGUGAAUCUUAGUACCUUCUUUGCAAUGACAUAUGGUCUUGGAUUUGCCACACUCUCUGCUACAGUUGUGCAUGUUCUUCUCUUCAAUGGAAGUGAAAUAUUGAACCAGAGCAAAAGUGCCUUUGGUGGGAAAAGAAAAAUUGACAUACAUACAAAGCUUAUGAGAGCUUAUAAACAAGUACCAACAUGGUGGUUCGUGGUCAUCCUUGUUUUGAACAUUGGCCUCUCUCUUUUUGCUUGUCAAUAUUACAACAUCUCACUUCAAUUGCCUUGGUGGGGUCUGCUCUUAGCUUGUUUUAUUGCCUUCUUCUUCACACUUCCCAUUGGCAUCAUUUAUGCUACCACAAAUCAGGCACCUGGUUUGAACAUUAUUACAGAAUACAUUAUUGGUUAUGCAUAUCCCGAACGCCCGGUGGCCAACAUGUGUUUCAAGGUGUAUGGAUAUAUUAGCAUGACACAAGCUCUAACAUUUGUGUCUGACUUUAAGCUUGGUCAUUACAUGAAGAUUCCACCCAGAACAAUGUUCAUGGCUCAGGUGGUAGGGACAAUCAUAGCAGUGUUUGUAUACACUGGAACAGCUUGGUGGUUGAUGGGCUCAAUUCAAGAUCUAUGUGACACCAACCUACUACCAGAUAAUAGCCCAUGGACAUGCCCAAUGGAUCGAGUGUUCUUCGACGCAUCUGUAAUAUGGGGACUCGUUGGGCCUCGUAGAAUCUUUGGAGACCUUGGAGAAUAUGGAGCUGUGAAUUGGUUCUUCCUUGGUGGAGCAAUUGCCCCUUUGCUUGUAUGGAUUGCACACAAGAUGUUUCCUAACAAAACAUGGAUUCGCUUAAUCCACAUGCCAGUUCUGUUGGGCGCUACGUCGAUGAUGCCACCGGCUGCAGCGGUGAACUUCACGAGUUGGUUAAUCUGUGGUUUCGUGUUCGGAUAUUAUCUUUUUAGAUACAAAACAGAGUGGUGGAAGCGAUACAAUUACAUAUUGUCAGGUGGGUUGGAUGCUGGAACUGCGUUCAUGACUAUACUCAUAUUUCUUUCAUUGGGAUCAAUUAGUAUUGAUUGGUGGGGAAACAAUACUGAUGGAUGUCCAUUGGCCUCUUGCCCUUCUGCUAAAGGAGUUGUUGCUCAUGGCUGCCCUGUUUUCUAAUCUCUCAUUACUUACCAUCAAGUUCUUAUUUUUAACUCUUUUUGUUUUUUUUUUUUUCAUUAAUGACUCUCACAUCCUCUCUCUCUCUAUUGUAAAUUAGAUGAUUUAUAUUUGGUAAAUAAUGUUGUUCUUUCUUGUGUGAGUUAAUAUGUAAUUGAUUUUUAUAUUUGUAAUUAGUUUGGAUUAUGUAUUUUUUAUUUGUACAAAUAAUUCAAGUAACGAAUAUUUAAAUUUAAAAGAAA